AUGAGUUUGCUCGUUUCAAUGGGUGGACGGUUAACGGUCCUUGGAUGUUCCGGUACUCCUUCCAGGUUUCACAAGAGCUUUCCAAAUUCUUUUCAAACUCAAAAACACUCGGUUUUCGUGUUGGUGUUCACCAAUAACAAUGGUUGUUGGCGACGCGGAACGCGUGAUUGUCCUAUUUUUUUUGUUGUUGUUUUUGUUGUUGUAAUGCUGCACUGUUUUUUACCUGCAGGACGUGAAUUGCAACGCGAAAUGCAGAAAAAAAACUCUCUAAAAGGUAAUACACAAUUACAUCGCAAAGGACGUAAAACAUACACUGCAAACUUGAGUACUUCGAGGAAUUCCCCCCCUGUCCGAUUGUACAUGCGGAGGGCAACAAAAGGGUACACAAUAGAUUUGCAACUUCGUAGAAAUAUGCGUGUUGCGUCUGCAAUACGGGCUCGUGCCGGUUCUUGCGGAAUCCGGCAGAUCGUUAAGGCGAUUACAAACGACGGUGAAUGCACCUUCUUUUGUUUUCCAUCUGUCCAAUGA